AUGUCGGUCGUGGAAGGGAUGCUCUCGCUCCUGUCCAACAUGCUCCUCGUCCUCCUCUUCACCGUCGACGACCGCACCCGCGCCUUCAUCCGCGGGAAGGUCUCCCUCUCUCUGCUGGUCGGCGGGCUCACCGCGCUCGUCCUCUGGUCGAUCAACCUCGAGCUGUGGCUCCUGUUCGCCGUCCUCGCUUUCCUCCUCAACUUCAUACCGAACAUCGGCGCCGUCGUCGCCACGCUGCUGCCGCUGCCCGUCGCCGCUUUCGACCCGGGACAGACCUCCCUCUCCCCGCUCAUCUUCGGCAGCACACCCUCCCGCCUCGCGUGGCCACCCGCGCCAUGCAACUCGCUCGACCUGCACCCGGUGGUGGUCCUCCUCUCCCUCAUGAUGUGGGGCACCAUCUGGGGCGUGCCCGGGCUCGUGCUCGCCGUGCCGCUCACCGCAAUCAUGCGCAUCCACCUCGCACACAUCGACCACCCGCUGCCGCGCUACCUCGCGCGCGUGCGGCGCGACCCGCUGCUCGGCUCCGACGCGGGGUCGACUCUCGGAGACGGCAACUCGCUCGACCUGCACCCGGUGGUGGUCCUCCUCUCCCUCAUGAUGUGGGGCACCAUCUGGGGCGUGCCCGGGCUCGUGCUCGCCGUGCCGCUCACCGCAAUCAUGCGCAUCCACCUCGCACACAUCGACCACCCGCUGCCGCGCUACCUCGCGCGCGCAGGGGCUGGUUAA